UUUCUUGAGAAACGAUCAAUAGUUUUUUGAAAAAGGAACCAAAAUUGCCAAAAUAACGGGGCAGGUACAAAAAAAUAUUAUUGUCGCGAUUAUUUUAUUAUUAUUACAUUAUUAGUAUAUAAUUAGUAUUGACAUACACUUGAAGUUGAACAUGUUUUUAUUCACGGUAGAUAAUUCGUUAUAAUAGUUUUUUACAUUUUUAUUUUUCAUACUCUCAAUUUCGUGUCAAAAUUAGCUAUAAGUGCUCAUUCUUUUGUGAAAAACCAAAGAAAUUUUAGUAUUUUGAAAAGAAAACGUAUAUGAGUGACUCGUAGAAACAAUUUCAAAAUGGCAGCCACUAGAAGAUUGCAAAAGGAAUUAGGAGAUAUAAGGCAUUCUGGUUUAAAAUCAUUUCGUGACAUUCAAGUAGACGAAUCAAAUAUAUUAACUUGGCAAGGGUUAAUUGUACCAGACAGCCCACCGUACAACAAAGGUGCUUUUAAAAUAGAGAUUAAUUUCCCAGCUGAAUACCCUUUUAAACCACCAAAGAUAAACUUUAAAACGAAGAUUUACCAUCCCAAUAUAGAUGAAAAAGGGCAAGUCUGUUUACCGAUUAUUGCUGCAGAAAAUUGGAAACCUGCAACUAGGACAGAUCAAGUUAUACAAACUUUAAUAGCUUUGGUUCAAGACCCUGAUCCAGACACUCCAAUAAGGACUGAUGUGGUAGAAGAAUUUAUAAGAGAUAGAAAGAAAUUUAUGAAAAAUGCCGAAGAAUAUACCAUUAGGCACGCGUUACCACGUCCAGAAGAAUUACCAGAUACACCCACAAAAAAACGUAAAGCAAAAAAGAAACAAGUUUAAUUUUUAAAAGGUUACAUUCAAAUGUGAAACAGCUCUGUGAUCGAAAAGGUAUUUAGAUGGAAACAAGACAUGCCUUUUCUUUUUUC